AUGGCAAAUAUCAAGCAGGCGAUUCUUAUAACUGGAGCUACAGGAAAACAAGGAGGUGCUCUUAUUGAUGCUCUAUUGCAAGCCGGUGCUCUAUCGCAUUUUGUCUUGCUUGCUGUCACGAGAGACGUAUCCUCUCCCUCAGCCUCGGCGUUGAAUGGCCGGGGAUUGGAAUUAGUCCAAGGGGACUUGAACAACGUCCCGGCCAUCUUUUCUGCCGCCGAGAAAGUACUCAGACCGUCUCAAGUGGAACUUUGGGGUGUGUAUAGCGUCCAGAAUCCAAUCGGCAAAGGGGCCUCGACCGCACUCGAAGAAGCGCAGGGCAAGGCUCUCGUCGACGGGGCUUUGGCUAACGGUGUGAAAUGUUUCGUUUAUUCGUCCGUCGAUAGAGGAGGAGAAGCCGUCUCGUUCGAGAACAAGCCAAACGUUCCACAUUUCAUUAGUAAGUAUCAUGUGGAACACCACUUGGUCAAAGAAGCCGAGGGCAGGAUGCAAUGGACCAUUUUGAGAUCCGCUACAUUCAUGGAUACCAUUACUCCUGAUUUCAUCGGAAAGAUCAUGGCCACAAGCUGGAGCUCUGUCGUGAAGGACAGGCCGCUACAGAUCGUGGCGGUCAGGGACAUUGGGUGGUUUGCAGCCCAGUCAUUUUUGCACCCAGACACGUUCGCUGGUCGAGCCAUCUCCCUCGCCGGUGAUGCUUUGACUUUUGAUCAAGCGAACCAGAUCUUCAAAAACAAAGUCGGGAAAGAUCUCCCCACGACACUAGAAUUUCUGAACAAAGGAAUCUUGUGGGCAUCGACGGAGCUCGGGUCCAUGUUUCAGUGGUUCAACGAAACUGGAUGUGGUGCGGAUAUCAAUCGUCUGAAGCAGAUGCACCCAAAUAUGAUGGAUUUCGGAAUGUGGCUAGAAGAAAGCCCAUGGAUGCAGCAGUCUAAUACCAGUCUAUAG